AUGUCCGGAGCCAACAACUUCUACCGCAGUAACAAUGCGCCAUCCCAGCCGAUCACGUUCCAGAACCAGUUCAAAAUGACUAUUGCCGCCAACCUCUUCGUCCCCCAGGAUUUCGACACCGGCGUCCGUGCGCCUGCCAUCGUCGUUGGUCACCCGAUGGGUGCUGUGAAGGAGCAGAGCGCCAACCUCUACGCCAACAAGCUGGCCGAGCAGGGCUUCGUCACUGUGUCGGUCGACCUCUCAUUCUGGGGUGGCAGCGAAGGCGAGCCUCGCAACGCCGUUUUGCCGGAUAUGUACGUGGAGACUUUCAGCGCUGCCGUCGACUACCUCACGUUGCAGGACUUCGUCGACCCGGAGCGCAUCGGCGCGCUAGGUAUCUGCGGCAGUGGAUCCUUUGCCAUCGGUGCGGCCAAGAUCGACUCGCGUAUCAAGGCAGUUGCAACUGUGAGCAUGUAUGACAUGGGGGCCGCAUGCCGCAAUGGUUUGAGGAAGACACAGAGUGUCGAGCAACGCAAGGCCGCCAUCGCUUCUGCGACGCAACAACGCUCAGUUGAGGCUGCCGGCGGAGAGGCUCAGUACACUAGCGGCACUGUGCACGAGCUUACGGCUGACACUCCUGAUAUCCAACGCGAGUUCUACGACUUCUACCGCACGUCGCGUGGCGAGUACACGCCUCCCGGAUCGACGCGGGCCUUGACUACGCACUCGACACUGUCGAGUAUUGUGCGGUUCGUGAACUUCUACCCGUUCAACGACAUCGACACGAUCUCGCCACGUCCGGUGCUGUUUGUGUCUGGUGACCUGUCUCACUCUCGCGAGUUCAGCGAGGAUGCGUACGCUUCUGCCGCUGAGCCCAAGGAGCUGUACUGGGUACCGGGUGCCGGUCACGUCGAUCUGUACGACCGCACGGGCCUCAUUCCUUUCGCCAAGUUCACGGAGUUCUUCCAGAGCGGUCUCGCCCUGGACAACACGGCUGCCGAGUAG